AUGUUCCUUCAAGCGGAGACCUCGUUCGGUCUAAACGUGCUCAACUCGCUGCGCACCAACGAAUCGUUCGUCUUCUCGCCGCUGUCCAUCGCGCUCGCCCUCUCUCUCGUGCAUUCCGGAGCUCGCGGAGCAUCCAAGGACCAGAUCGGCAACACUCUUUUGAGCGGAGCCAGCGACGAGCAGUUCGUGAAUCACUUUCAGUUCAUUUCGGACGCGUUGAGGCAGGGAACCAACGGGAUCAAGGUCGAUGUCGCCAACAAAGUGUACUUGCAGUGAGUCCCUGAUUUCAAUUCGACGGUAUUCCAGAUAUUGUCCUUCCAGAAAAGGCGUCACCCCGUCGCCGUCCUAUUUGGCGACGGUCCUCAAGAACUACAAGGCUUCUGCCGAAUCACUCGACCUGACGACUCCGGCAGCCGUCCAGACCAUCAACAAAUUUGUGAAGGAUGCGACGGAGGGCAAAAUCGGAGACCUGGUCACUCAGGAUUCCAUCAAGGACGCCGUCGCUCUGCUCGUGAACGCUCUGUACUUCAAGGGAGACUGGGAGAACGAAUUCGAAGGAAUGAGCACUCACGACAAGGAAUUCACCCAGAAAGCGGGAGUCGUCAAGAAGGUGAAUCCAUAGUACCGUAAAUCGUGUAUUAGUAACACAUGUCCUUCCAUUUGCUCGAGUUUCAAUAACUUUCGCAUCAAAAGUCGAAGGAAACAACGUUUUCCGUGUGUCAAUGUGAAUGUUCAGAUCCCAUUCAUGAGCGAUUGGAUGUCCGACCGCGGCUACGCUUCCGACGAUUUGUUCCAAGUUCUCGUGCUCAACUACAAGGAUCCAGCCUAUCGUUUCGCAAUUUUCCUUCCAAAAAUCAAAAACAGUCUGGGAGAUGCUGUGAAGAAGUUGGACGCGGCGAGACUCCAGAAGUUGUUGGUCGCUUCGAAGAGCACUUUUAUGAACGUGCGUUUUUGUUUUCUGAAAACCGGUCGAAACUAUCUUUUUUCCAGACGUUCAUUCCAAAGUUCACAGUGCAGAAGGAGCUGAAACUGAAGGAUGUGUUGAGCAAGUUGGGAAUCACUCAAAUCUUUUCCGACGCAGCCGAUCUCUCUGGAAUCGCCCCGAACAUCAAGAUCUCCGAUGUUGCCCACAAGGCUCUCAUUGAGGUUAGUUCAGAUCCUUAAUAUCACUGAACAAAGAGAACAUUUUCAGGUGAAUGAACUGGGGACCGUCGCCGCUGCCGCCACCGUGGCAAAGGCGAUUCCGAUGAGUGGAAGAAUGGGGGAACCAAUCACGUUCAAUGCCGAUCAUCCGUUCCUUUUCGCCCUUGUCCGUGAGAAUCACCCGCUUUUCCUGGGUGUUUUCCAUGGUUAG